AUGCCUCAACGGGACUCCGUCUCCUACGGCACCAUGAUCACCGCUUAUUCCCACUCCGGCCACCACGACGACGCCCUGCACCUCUUCGAUCAAAUGCAGGCAGAUGGAUUCAUGCCGGAUAAUGCCUCCCUGGUUUCAUAUCUCUCCUCCUGCGCACAUGCUGGAGAAUUAAAUCGCGGCAAAGUUAUCCAUGAUCACAUUACCAGGAACAGAAUUGAGCUCACCGUCUCCCUGUUAACAGCCCUGGUUGACAUGUAUGCCAAAUGCGGCGCCAUCGAGGCUGCACUCGAGCUGUUUGACGGAAGUCCCAUUCGAAAUCUCUUCACCUGGAACUCCAUCAUAGUUGGUCUGGCAAUGCAUGGCUAUGGAGACCUUUCGUUAGCAUACUUCGAUAAGAUGGGAGCUGCUGGAGUUAAGCCGGACGGCAUCACUUUCGUGGGGGUUCUGGUGGCGUGCAGCCAUUCCGGGCUCGUGGAGACGGCAAAAAAGCUUUUUGGGGAGAUGGAGAGGGUGCAUGGAGUGAGGAUUGAGCUAAAGCAUUAUGGAUGCAUGGCAGAUUUGCUCGGCAGGGCCGGGAUGAUCGAGGAGGCGGUGGAGAUGAUCGAGGCGAUGCCGGAGAAAGGAGAUGGAUAUGUGUGGGGUGGUUUGCUCGCCGGCUGUCGAAUUCAUCGAGGGAAUGUCGAUGUUGCUGAGGUUGCGGCGAGGAAACUUCUGGAGAUCCGUCCGGGGGAUACCGGAGUUUAUUCGGCCAUGGCGAGGAUUUACGCCGACGAGAGGAGAUGGGACGAUGUGGAGCGGAUUGGAAGAAUCAUGGAUGCUGUGAAGGUGAAGAAGAAUGUUGGAUCCAGUUUGGUUCAGUUGUCUCCCACAGUUUAA